UCAACUGAUACCUUCAAGAAAACACAGAAGGAAAAUCAAUGGCUCAAUCCUUAAACCCUUCAAAAACCCUGGACCUAAAUCAGCUCCGACUGUCCAAUUCUCCAUCAGGAUCACCACUGCCAGUUAAAUCAAUUUCAAAACUUCUGAAAAAGAAAAAAAUUCCUUCAAUUAUGGUCUAUGCAUCAUCAAAAAUGUCAAGCACCCAACACCAAACGCCGCUAUCGCUUUCUCUCCAGGCAUUAACAGAUGGAGACCGCAAAACUGAAGUAAUGAAUACUAUAAAAAACUCAGUUUCGAACUGUCUGUCCGAGACCCAUCUCGAUUUAACUGUUCCUGGACUCAAAUCCAAAACCAGAGGCAAGGUCAGAGAUAUAUAUGAUGGAGGGGAUUAUCUUGUUCUGGUCACAACUGAUAGGCAAAGUGCUUUUGAUAGAAUUCUUGCUUCAAUUCCCUUUAAGGGUCAGGUGCUUAAUGAAACAAGUUUAUGGUGGUUUAGUGAAACUCAGCACAUAACUCCAAAUGCAGUGGUAUCCUCACCGGAUAAGAACGUUACUAUCGCAAAGAAAUGUUCUGUCUUUCCUGUUGAAUUUGUUGUUAGAGGUUAUGUGACUGGAAGUACUGAUACAUCACUUUGGACGGUCUACAAAAAUGGUGUUCGAAAUUAUUGUGGCAAUGCUCUUCCUGAUGGCUUGGUGAAGAAUCAAAAGCUACCAGAAAAUAUACUCACACCGACAACUAAAGCUGCUGAUCAUGAUGUUCCUGUAACCCCCCAGGAGAUUGUUCAGCGUGGGCUGAUGACUCAAGAUCAUUAUUUUGAAGCAAGUACGAAAGCUUUAAGUCUCUUCCAAUAUGGGCAGCAAGUAGCCCUUGAACAUGGCCUGAUAUUGGUGGAUACUAAAUACGAAUUCGGAAAGGGAUCUGAUGGCACAGUGCUUUUAAUUGAUGAGGUGCAUACACCUGACUCGAGCCGGUAUUGGAUUGCUGAUUCUUACGAGGAACGCUUUGAGAAGAGUCUUGAACCUGAUAACAUUGACAAGGAAUUUUUGAGGUUGUGGUUCAAAGAUCAUUGCAACCCAUAUGAAGAUGAGGUCUUGCCUGAUGCACCUGAAGAACUUGUAUCUGAAUUAGCUUGGCGGUAUAUUUUCUUAUACGAGACAAUAACGAAGUCAAAGUUUGAAAUGCCCAUGACUAAGGAACAUAUACACGACCGGAUAUCUCGCAAUGUUUCACAGGCACUUUCAUCUCUGUGACAAUGCUGUCAAGAUCUAGAUCACCUCCCCACAUUUUGCCAAAAAUAUUACAGUGGGAUGUGAAUCUACUGAUAUUCUAGGACUCAUUUACGAGUUUCCAUGAAUGGUGAAUGGUUCUUUCUUGCUGAUCUUUUUUUUUUUUUUGCUUCUUUUCAUUUUAUUGUUAGCUUUUAUCCAGUUGAUGUCAAAAAUUGUACUAUUGACACACAGACUGAUGAAAAUAUUUGAUGUUAUUGAUGGAAGGGAAUUUGUAUACAAAAUAACCUUUAUAAGUUUUUAAAACUAUGAAAAUGGCUUAGUGUU